AUGGCUAGAGUGGAAAAAGAGAUACUUGAAGGUGAAAUUAAAACGGGUAAAGGAUUAAACCAAGAGGUUUCCCUAGCACGAGCCGGUGAUACGCGAUGGGGUUCACAUCAUAGAACCAUCAUCAGUUUGCUUAGAUUGUUUCCGGAAGUUGUUACCGUACUUCAAUAUGUUAAAGAAGAUGGAGAUUGCAGUCAACAACGGACAAAUGCAAAAGGUAUUCUAUCCUAUUUUAAAAAACUCGAGUUUGUUUUUUAUAUGCAUUUGAUAAGAGAUAUAUUAAGUUACACAAAUGCUCUUUCAAAACACCUUCAACAAAAAGGGAAAGAUUUAUUAGAAGCGGCCAACUUGAUAAAUGGUACAAAACGAGCAUUAAAUGCUUUAAGACAAAAUGGAUUUGAGCCGAUGUUGGAAAAACUGACUUUCUUUUGUAAAAAAUAUGACAUUACAAUGUUGGAUAUGACGGAAAGUUAUUGUAAUCCAAGAAACCGAAAGAAUGUCAUUACAAAUCGACAUCAUUUUGAAGUAGACAUUUUUAUUGAGGUUUUGGACAUGCAGAUUCAAGAAUUAGGAACGAUUUUUUACGUGAAGUAA